CCUCUAUUAAAUUCGGACCUUACCCAUCCUUUGAAAACCAAGUGAUGUGCGUCAAUGCAGCAGUCCACACGAUGAGUCCGCAUAAUCAGUUGGAACACGGGACAGUGGCCUUACGCCAGGCGGUUUUUCAAAUCGUAUGAGGUGGGUAUUGAUUAGACUGGACGCUACUAUGGCUCAGGCAUACUCAGCCGGAAGGCAUCAAAGAGCCAUGGUUUCCGCUGACACUGAAAAUGCCGAAGGUCCCGUUCUCUUGGGACAGAGGAUCCCACAGCACGACCUGGAAGAUGAGAAAGAUCUCAACGUCAGCGCGAAAGGAGAUAAAGCAUGUCAACAGAUUCCUGUGCAAGGACGAGCUUGCACGCCGUGUCUCGGAUGGUUCCAGAUGCUCUACGCGACCUUUGGCUCCUUUGUACCACUGGGUAUGCUGGUCUAUGGGUUGCAAGAGAGUUUUGCGAAAAGCUCUGGUGACUUCGCUUGCAAGUACUACAUGAUGGAUGUGCUGAAACUUGACGGUGCCACAAUGGGAAGGCUGCAGACCGCUGCAAAAGUCCCUUGGGACAUCAAACCUGUGCUUGGAAUGUGCUCGGAUGCCUUGCCGCUCUGGGGAUUUCACCGAACAUCGUACCUGGUGAGCGCGUGCGUGUUCAGCAGUUUUCUUUACUUGUGGGUUGGCUUCAACGCUGUGUCUGCACUGGGCCUUUAUGUAUGUAUGACUGGCCUCAAUCUAUCAAUCGCUUUUGCGGACUUGGUGAUCGAUGCUACCGCUGCCAGCCUCGCCAAGGAUCACCCGAAGGAAGCGUCUGACAUGCAGGCCGCCUUCAACAUUGCACAGGCUUUAGGUGGCAUGGCAGCCAGCAGCAUCAAGGGAUAUCUCGUGGCUGUCUUGGGCUCACGUGGCACCAUGAUGAGCAAUGUGUUUUGCGCGGUUGCCGUGUUCAUUCCGGCCAUAAGACGCUGGCUGCCAGAAGAGCAGCUGCUUAGUGGCCACUGCACUCCAAAGCUGAGCCAAUUCCGGAGAAACUCCAGUAUCACUGCAGUGGCGAUUUUCCUGUCGGUGGUUGCUGUAGGGCUAUCUUUGUCACAAAUCUUCCUGCAGGAGUGGCGAACCCGAGCUUUGGUGACGCUAUUUUGCUGCAUAGUGGUCACCAUCAGCGCUUACAAGGCGAUGAGGAAGAUCUCUCCUUUCUUGGCCAAUACUGGGAUGCUCCUCUUCUGGCGAGCGGUUUUGCAGCCAGGUUUGGGGGAGGCGAUGUUUGUUUGGAUGUCGAAAGAUGAAGAAGGCCCUCGCUUUUCUCCACAGCUCAUGGGCUUAGCGGACUGCUUUGGGCAAGCUGGCUUCUUGUUGGGCGUGGUGGUCUACAAUCGAUUCUUGAGGACUUGGAAGUAUCGUCGAAUCUUCCUGGUGGGGCAGAUCAUGGUGGUCGCAAGCCAGGUGCUCGACUUCAUCUUAGUCAUGCGCUGGAAUCAGGCGCUGGGGAUUCCUGACGUUUUGUUUUUUCUGGGUGAUAGCACCUUCGAAGAGGCGGUGGUGAAGACCUUCUACGUGCCGCUGGUGGUGCUGGCCUACAAGGUUUGCCCUUCGAAUUUGGAGGGUACAAUCUUCUCACUGAUCUCCUUGAACUGCAUCGGAGUUAGCAGCGGAAAGUAUUUAGGUAUCACUUUGUGCGAAGUUUGGGGCAUUGUCGACGGCAACUUUGACCACCUACCCCAUGGCGUUGUGUCAAAAGCGCUUGUUCGGCUGCUGCCAAUCCCGCUCAUACUGAUGCUGUCACCAGAUUUGACCCCUGACGAUCCAAUUCCUCAGGAUCCUCACGCGCACAGUCAGCAGAAUUGAAAUGUUGAAACACGCUUUGCCGCCGUUUGUCUCAUUGAAUGAGAGCCACGCAAAGGCAUCAGAUUGAAUUGAUAGCUUCCGCUGAAUGGUUGCCUCAAAAGGAAUACUGAGGCAGAACCAUCGUGGUCACGGCAUUUGUUUGUGUGUGUUUGUGUUAGCUGGCGUGCCAGGAAUUCUCUGGGUCAUCAAAUGCGCUUAUUGCAUAUACUUGCUGACUGCAGCAAACGCUUGCAGUUCUUGUUGUCCAGUUCGGAUCAUCGGCGCAUUUUUUCUGGAUGCUCAGAAAUGCCAGGCUUCCAAGGUGAAGCUUGCAGAAUUGUUUGGUGCCUGAAAAGUGAUCGUGACGGGAUCCUCUCAAUUGCGGCCGGGAAAUUCAGAACCUUUGGGACACCUGUGCUCAGGUGGAUCAAAAGCAAAGCACUGGCGGCUUUUGGCAAGGAGUGCGUGGCGGUCUCAAGCAUGUGGGCAAUGCUUUAAAUCAUGCCGGCAAGCUGAACCAGGC